UGAUCAGAGCUCCCCCUAGAGGCCGCCCCCGGCGUAGCGCCCCAGGGCACGGUUCAGUUGGAAGGAGUCUCUCCUUGCGGUUACAAGCUCUUUCCCCGCCCAUGGCUUCUCCUUCGCUGCUCCGCUUCUUCGCCUUUUCUUUGCUUUUGGCUCUUUCUCCGGCCCAUCGGCCGCCUCCCUUCCCCGAUCCGGCUGAGGUCCCGACCCGGAGCUGCUCAGUGGUGCUGGAGCCCGGCUCGGCCGGGUUGAAGCUCAUCGACGGCUGGGCCCCCGGCGCCGUCGCUUGGGCCAACCUCACUGAAGGCAUCCGGCAGAACGGGUGGGCCUCCUUGGAGUUGACCACCAAUGAGAAGUAUAAUGACAGCCUUCAAGCCUAUGCUGCUGGAUUGGCGGAAGCAACUGUAUCUCAGCAGCUCAUCUACAUGCAUUGGAUGAACACCAUGGUGGGCUAUUGCGGCCCCUUCAAGUUCCAGACGGAGUACUGCCAGAAGCUGAAAAGCUACAUCGAAACCAACCUGGCUUGGAUGGAGCAGCAGAUGGAGCAGGCAGAAGGCUCUGAAUAUUGGUACCAGGUCCGCCUUGCCCUGCUGCAGCUGAAGGGCCUCGAAGACGGCUACAACGGGCGCAUGGCCUUCCCAACCGGGACCUUCUCCAUCGCUCCCUUUGGCUUCCUCUUGUUCCAGCUGGGAGGGGACUUGGAGGACCUGGAAUCGGCCUUCAACAAGUCCGGGAAGCAGUGUGUCCUGGGUUCGGGGUCCUGUUCGGCUUUCAUCAAACUUUUGCCGGGAAACCAGGACCUCUUAGUGUCCCAUGAUACGUGGAACGGCUACCAGUCCAUGCUGCGGAUCCUCAAGAAGUAUACCUUGCCAUUCCGGACUUCGGCGAACAAUGGCAGCUUGGUCCCUGGGUACAUCCAGGCUUUCUCUUCGUACCCGGGCACCAUCUUCUCUGGUGAUGACUUCUACAUCUUGAGUAGUGGCUUGGUCUGCCUGGAAACCACCAUCGGGAACAGCAACGGCUCCCUAUGGAAGUACAUCAAGGCCGAGGGCAGCGUCUUGGAAUGGCUGCGCAACCUUGUGGCCAACCGGCUUGCCAAGAGUGGGGCUGAGUGGGCCUCCAUCUUCCAGCGAUUCAACAGCGGCACAUACAACAACCAGUGGAUGAUUGUGGAUUACAAAUCCUUCAUCCCAGGCAAGGCAGACCUCCAGGAAGGCAUCCUUACUGUCUUGGAGCAGAUACCGGGGAUGGUGAUCGCAGAGGACAAGACCAAGUUGCUGUAUGAAGAAGGCUACUGGGCGAGCUACAAUGUGCCGUACUUUAAAGAGAUCUUCAACGCUAGCGGUCUUCCUCAGCUGGUGCAGAAGUAUGGCGACUGGUUCACUUACGAAAAGAACCCCCGGGCCCAGAUUUUCCGGCGCAACCAGACCCUUGUCCGGGAUCUGGAUUCUAUGAUCCGACUCAUGAGGUUCAACAACUUCCCAAAGGACCCACUGUCUCGCUGCCAGGGCUGCGACCCACAGCAGAAUGGAGAAAAUGCCAUUUCCGCACGUUCAGACCUCAACCCCGCCAAUGGCACCUAUCCUUUUGGGGCCUUGCGUCAGAGGGCCCAUGGUGGGACGGAUAUGAAGGUCACGUCCUUCGAGAUGGCUAAGCUCUACAGCUUUGUGGCUACCAGCGGCCCGACUUGGGACGAUUUGCCAGCUUUCCAAUGGAGCUCUUCUCCCUACUGCAAUCUGCUCCACAUGGGCCACCCCGACCUUUGGAGAUUCUCGCCCAUCCAAGUCCACUGGGGUUGACGCCUUUGAGGAUCGGACUUUUCCCCAUUGUGCUGGGCUUCUAUGCCGGGGGGCCUUCUCACCGUUGCUUUGCAUCCUUAGCUGGCCCUCUUUCUCCCAAUGAAAGGACACCAUCUUGAAAGGGUGAUAUAAUUAUUCCCAAAAAUAUAUAAUGUGGCAGAUUUGAAUAGCUUUCUGGGGAAUCGUUUUGGGUGCGGUUUGUUUCAAUUUACAUCACGUUACAAAAAUAUGCCUUGAAAACGCCUGUCAAAUCGCUACAUGGUUAAAUAGGGUUCCUGGGCAUUGGAGUGGGAUGGAUUGUGGGGCCCAGGGUAUGGUAAAGGAUGCCUUCCCAUUUGGCCAUUGCCUUAAAAGUGGCCCUUAGAUCGAAAAGGAUGGGAUAUGUCAUGUUGCAACCCCGAAUCCCAUUUCAUGUCAUUUUGCAGGGAGCCAAUUCAGUUGAGCAUGUGCAGAGUGCCUUUCCCUCCAGCUUGUCUGGAUUCCUAGCUUGAUUCUGCUCUGAGUCUCACUUAUCCACAUCUCCUUUGACAAAAAAAUGUAACCACUGCAUAAAAUAGCGCUCCAGAUCCAUAUGGGAUGGAAUAUGACAGUCCCAAAUUGGGACUGUUUUCAUCUGUUUCCGCUAUUGGCUUAUAGCCAUAGCAGUUGGGCUGCUAAUGGCUUUGGGAGAUGCUUAACAUGGUUGGGCAUUUUUAAGAGGCCUCUUUGCUUACUUUUGUUUGGCUAAUGAAAAGAGGAUCCUGGUCCCAGUUUUGGCCUCCCUUCCACCAAUCCUCUUUCUGCCAAAUAUCCUUUUUUUGCCCUCCAAUGCAAAGAACCAUCUCUUGAUUCUUCCCUUUCCAACCAACGCUGCUAAAAAGAAUCCCAGCUAGAGAAAGGACAAGGUGACAAGGGAUAUGUGAGCCUAAACAUUCAAAAGCAGCUUCACAAUCUUUUCUGUCUGAACCCAAAGUGAAGCAUUGUCUCAGCGCCAUAUGGCCCGCUGCUGUCCAUUAGGAUUUCUGGGUCAGACUCAUGAAGGAAUUUCUAUCUCUUGUGUGAUGUUGAUGAUUUUUUAAAAUGCUAAUAAAUGUCUUAUGCUAA